AUGGUUAUUGUGACUGCUGUUGGAGGCUCUAUCCUCUCUCUUUGCUUUCAGGGGCUUCUUGACAGGUUGAGUUCCGUUGACUUGAUGAAAUACGUUGGCCAAGGCCAAGUCCUGGCUCAACUCAAGAAGUGGGAGAAGAUGCUCAGGAGAAUUCAUUUGGUGAUUGAAGAUGCAGAGGAGAAGCAGACGGCAAAUCGAUUGGUGGAGAUCUGGUUAUGCGAUCUCAGAGACUUGGCUUACGACCUGGAGGAUGUCAUUGAUGAACUUGCCACGGAGGUUCAGCGACGCAAGUUGGAAGACGAACCUGUUCCUCCAACUAAUAAGGUGCACAAAAAGAAAGAUGAACUCCGUUUAGCAGAGUCUAUUGGAAGGAGGAUCAGCCGUGUGACAGAAAGACCACCCUCAACCUCUUUGGUUAAUGAAGCAAAGGUUUAUGGCAGGGAGGAAGAUAAGAAGAUGCUGAAAUUGUUGAAUGCUGAGACAAGUGAUGCCCAGGUGUCUGUGAUUUCCACAGUUGGGAUGGGAGGCCUUGGCAAGACAACUCUAGCUCAACUAGUCUACAAUGAUCCCAUGUUGGAGUUUGAUUUAAAAGCCUGGGUGUCUGUUGGUGAAGAUUUUGAUGUUUCCAGGGUCACAAAAAUAUUUCUUCUUCAACUGGGUGAUGGCGGUGAUGAUAAAGAUUUGAACCUGCUUCAGGUAAAAUUGAAGCAAAAGUUGUCUGGGAAGAAGUUUUUAGUUGUCCUAGAUGAUGUCUGGACCCAGAACUAUGAGGAAUGGACUCUGUUUUGGGGUCCUUUCGAAGCAGGGGCUCCUCAAAGCAGAGUUAUUGUCACAACUCGAAGUCAAGAUGUUUCAUUAAUGAUUGGUACCACUCUAGCAUAUGCUCUUAAGAAGCUGUCACAGAAUGAAUGCAUGUCUUUGUUUGCGCAGCAUGCUCUGGGAGCAAAUAAUUUUGACGACCACUUGGAGCUAAAAGAAAUGGGUGAGGAGAUUGUCAAAAGAUGUGGAGGAUUACCUUUGGCAGCAAAAGCUCUUGGAGGCAUCUUAAGGGGUAAACCGAAUCCUGAUUUGUGGAAGGAAGUGUUGAGGAGUGAGAUAUGGGAAUUACCAGACAACAAGAGCAAUAUCCUCCCGGCCUUAAGAUUGAGUUAUCUUCAUCUUCCACCUCAUUUGAAGCGAUGUUUCUCUUAUUGCGCAAUCCUACCAAAGGAUCCUUGCUUUGUUAGCAGAGAAAUAUGUUUACAUAUGGUUGAUAAGUUGGAGAAUACAAAAUCAUAUGCAAAGAUUCGACAUUCAUCAUUUAUUCCUCAUUUUAAAGACACUGCUCAAAGAUUUCAAAGCUUCUAUGGAAUGAAGAAUUUGUGGACAUUUUUAUCCAUGCGGAAGGAUUGGGUUGGAUGCUACAUAACUAGUAAGGUGGUGCAUGAGUUGGUGCCAAAAUUAAAAUGCUUAAGGUCACUAUCUCUAGCUCGUUAUGAGAUUGAGUUGCCGGAUUCUAUUGGUGACUUAAAGCACUUACGCUACCUUGACUUACCUCAUACUCCAAUCAGAAGAUUGCCUGAAUCAGUGGAUAAACUCUUAAACUUACAGACAUUAAAGUUGUGUAAUUGUUAUAAGCUUAUUGAGUUACCUAAAGGCAUAUGCAAUUUACUCAACUUGCAGCAUCUAGAUAUUAUUGGCACAUGGAAAUUGAAAGAGAUGCCACCACAUAUUGGUAAUUUGACUAGUCUCUGCGUGUUGACCAAAUUUAUUGUGGGGAAAAGCAAUGGACGGGUCACUGAGUUGAAGAAACUUUGUAAUCUGCGUGGGCAGCUUCAUAUCACAAGUUUAGAGAAUGUGGAAGUGUCAGAUAUUCGAGAUGCGGGCUUUGUCAGUUUGAAGGAUAAGCCUGGUAUCACUGAGUUGCACUUGGAAUGGGCUGAAGCUGAUGAACAUUUUGAUGAUUUGAGAAACUCAAGUCAUGAAGAACAAGUGGAGCUACGGAACUGUCGCCAAAUGACAUCAUUGCCACCGCUCGGACGAUUAAAGUCAUUAAAAAAGUUGAGCGUAGGAGAUAUGAGAGGACUGAAAGAAGUGGGUGUUGAGUUUUAUGAGGAUGAUUCAUGUUUUUCUUGUUUGGAAGAACUAGAAAUUAGAAAUGUGCGUGAGUGGGAGCAGUGGGCUUGGUCUAAUGGUCUGGGUGAAGAUUCUGUGCCAAAAUUUCCUAAGCUGCAUGAUCUUCAACUAUAUAAUUGUCCCAAGUUGGUUGGAGAACUGCCCAACUUCCUUCCUUCCCUGGAAAAUCUUGUUAUCGCUUAUUGCCCGCAUUUGGUUGAAUUACCAAAAGUGCUCCCAUCAGUUACAAGACUUCAUUUUGCACAAUGUCAAGAGGCAAUUCUCAGGAGUGUGACUAAUGCCACUUCUCUUACUAGCCUAAAAUGGAGAGGAAGGGGUCUUGCCUUGCAAUCUCGAAGUUUUGGACUGAAAGACCUUAAAUCUCUCAAAGAUUUGACAAUAAACCGAUGUAGAAGUUUAGUCUCCUUCCCAGCAGGGGGUUUGCCACACAACUUGAUACGUUUUCGUAUUACGAGGUGUGAAUCUUUGGAGUCUCUGCCGGAGGGAAUUGUGUCUCCCAGUAAUGAGACGUCUCAUCUCGAGAAAUUGGAUAUCUGUGGAUGUGAAUCCCUCAGGUGCACUUCAAAUGGCAAGGUUCCAGAUUCCCUUAAGACUCUUCGAAUUCACAACUGGACGCCACAAUUUUUAAACUCGCUCUACUAUGGGCUUUCUCAUCUUACAGAAUUACACAUAAAAAAGUAUCCUCAAUUAGAGUCGUUUCCAGGGAAGGAAUUGCCUCUCCCUUCUCUUAUCUUUUUAACAAUCGCUGACUGUGAAGGAUUGAGGUCUCUAUCCAAUCAUAUGCAAAACUUCCAGAGUCUCCAAAAGUUAGAAAUAUUUGGCUGUCCUCGAUUAGAGUUGUUCCCAGAGAUUGGAUUGCCCAACCCCAAGCUUGUGUCAUUUGAAAUUUCCUGGUGCAAAAAUUUGAGGUCUCUACCCAAUCAGAUGCAAAAGCUUACUUCCCUUCAAUCCAUAUAUAUAUCAAAUUGUGAAGGUAUAGAAUCCUUAGGAGAAGGUUGUUUACCCCCAAACCUGACUGCCCUUCGUAUUUGGGAGUGCUUGAAUCUGAAACAGCCAAUGCCAGAGUGGGACUCCAAAGACUCGCCUCUCUUAGAAGUUUGAGAAUUUUCAACGUGGAGUCAACUGGAGAUAUUAUUUCCUUUCCAGAUGACGACGCUUCUCU